CUAUCUUUAUUUUAAACGUCUAUGUUCUGCUUUGGUUGCACUAUGACAGAUGUCAAACAAAAUAAGAAUAUUUCAAACACAUUUUAUUUAAAAUAACUAUUUAGUUAGUUUGUUUCAAAUUUAGUUAAUCAAAAUGCUAUUUUAUUCGUUCUUUAAAUCACUUGUCGGCAAAGACGUUGUGGUGGAACUUAAGAAUGAUUUGAGCAUAUGCGGAACUUUGCAUUCGGUUGACCAAUAUCUGAAUAUUAAAUUGAGCGAAAUUAGUGUAACAGAUACAGAAAAAUACCCCCAUAUGUUAUCUGUAAAAAAUUGUUUCAUCAGAGGAUCUGUUGUAAGAUAUGUUCAAUUACCUAGUGACGAAGUAGAUACACAAUUAUUACAAGAUGCAGCAAGAAAAGAAGCAACUGUACCAAUACGUUAAGAUUAUUUUUAAGUUCUUGUAUUUUUUUUUUGAGUUUAGUACUUAAUCUUAACAUGUAAAUUAUUUUUUAUUUUAUUAAAUAUGUACUAUUAAUUAAAAGGAUAAAC